UCUCUUCCAUAGCACCUAUUUUGGUGGCCCCACAAGUGCCAGCAAAAUGCAGCAAAGGAGAAACGGAAGAAAACCUUUCAGCCUUAGAUGUGGGAGGACUGGAGCCGAAAUUUUGAAAAGCUGAAAUGUUUCCUCAAAAGUCUCGGUAUUUAAUCUACUUUCAGUACUUUGGAACAAAAUAUAGUGGGGUCGCGUUGACGCCCUGUAACCAGAACACGCUGGGCGUGCAGAAUUAUUUGGAGAAGGCAGCGGAGAAGCUAAACCCUCCCGCCCCAAUCAAAUUUGUCAUCUCCAGCCGUACGGACGCCGGCGUGCACGCGCUCUGCAACACCGCCCACUUCGACCUUGAGCGGUCCGACGACGCGCCGCCUUGGGACGAAGAGAAACUGGUCCAGGGCCUUAACUACCACCUCAAGCCUGAGCCGAUAGGCGUCCUCGGUGCUCGGCGUGUGCCGGACUCUUUCCACGCCCGUUUCAGCGCCUUGUCAAGAACAUACGUGUACCGAGUGGUGACGGGGCCCUCUGGGCAUUAUCAGACGCCUGUCUUUGAACGCGACCUCUGUUGGGCAACGAAGAGAGGCCAUUUUAACCUGGAAGCCAUGCGGGAAGCUGCGUCUUACCUGAGGGGGACUCACAAUUUCAUGACCUUCUGUUCUUCCUCUUCGGAGCUCCCCUUUCGAAACCCCGUCAAGCAUCUGGCUCGCUUGGAAAUCAGGCCUGCUUCAGGUUUCUUGAUGGAUCAUCAUCCGGGCAGUGCACUGAAAUUUUGGGAACUAGAAUUCACAAGCGGAUCAUUCCUCUAUAAGCAGGUACGGCGCAUGGUGGGCGCAUUGGUGGCUGUCGGCCAGGGCCACCUCCAGCCGUACGACGUCAAGAAGCUUCUGGAGGUCCAGGACCUGAUGGCGUCUUCCCACAUCACCGUUGCGCCACCCGGCGGGCUGUUCCUCAAAGACGUGGAAUACUGCGAAUCGGAUCUAGAUAUUGGUCCGUCGGAAGCAGAGGGCUAGCUCUUGUGGAACGCUGAGGGUUUUGACGGGACUCUGUUAACGUCGCUUGGCGAGGCGCUGCAGGGUGGUAGUGGAAAGGAAAUGUGGCUGCUUUUCUCUAAGCCUUCACCAAGAAAACCACCUACCUUUCCUGCAGGCCUAACCUUUCCCACAGUUAUCAUGUUUUUGUAUCUACAAACAGGAUCGUUCCCCUCUGGAACAAACUGGUCCUUUUGGAGAACGGGAAUCCUCUCUGAGUCUGCCAUUUUGCGUUUGGGUUUCGAACCCGGAGCCCUUGGGGCUGGACCUUCGGGCAAGAUCCAUUCUGGCCCCGUCCACAGAUUUGGUGGCUAAAACCAGAGCAAGGCAGCUGAGGUCCUUUGUGGUUUUUUUUAAAAAUACCUUUUUCAUACAAUAAAUUCAAUAAUAAAUCAGUGGUCAAUAAAUAAAUAAAUACAUAAGUCUAGUCCCUACUGAAAUCUUAAUAUUUGCAUGAGCUUUGGUCUCGCUUGCAUUAUGAGGACGGUGAUAACUGGCCUACUUUAUAGGGCCAUCGCAGUCUUAAUCCUACCGGAGGAUUAAGAAAUUCAUGGUCCUUCCAAGUUUCUGGGCUUCCCCACUCCCAGAAGCCCUGGUCCAGGGUAGGUAGUGGCAAAGGAUGAUGGGGGUCUGUAGUCCAGGAGGGUACAGGCAGUGGAACUCUGUGCUACAGAAAGGCUGUGGUUAGAAUUGUUUCAAUUAAUUGUUUUGGGGUUUAACCCGUUUUUGCAGGAAGAGGGGCUAAAAAUAAUCUGGAUUAUUAUUUUUAUUUUUUUAGUAUCCGUUUUUCCUUAAAAAGGACCCAAGACAGCUGACAUCUUUAAAAAAACCAUAUUUAAAACUAAAAACAGUAAGUAGGUUGGUGGGACGCACUCCGAUGUACCUGCUGAGUUUC